AAAAUAGUAUUCACAUUGAUUGGCACUAAUUACUAAAACAAUUUGCUUAAAUUUAUUAAUUCUUCCAUGUAUAUUGCACACACGCGCGCGCACACACACAUAUUGGUAGUUUUUCUUUGGAAUCGAAAAGGAAGAUUUGUACUUUCAUUUUACUUCACUAGACUUCGAAUUAUAUUUGCCUUAUUUAAUUUUCAGAGCUUGUUGGCAAUUAUCUUAAUGAUGAUAUGUACUUGUGCUUAUAUUCGUCUAAUUUUGCCAAAUUUAAUGGAUAGAAACAAAAAGGGGUUUUUAGGUGUUUUUUGGAAAUUUGCACGAAUUGGAGAGCGAAAAAGUCCGUACGUUGCUGCUUGUUGUAUGCUAAUGUCAAUAAGUAUAUUAUUUUGGACCUAAACAUUGUAAAUUCAUAAAAUUUGUUCAAUAAUAAUAAAUCGUUUACAAUAAUAUAAA